AAUGUCUUGCCCUGUUUGUUUUGGUACACUAUCAAAGUCGGAUUGCAGGCUUUUGCCCUGUCAUGAAUCGCAUAUUUUUUGUGAUUCGUGUCUGGAAAAGCUACCGAAAAGAGGUCUAAUUAAUAAGGAAUUUGAUUGCCCUCUUUGUAAAAGAAUAUUAAAGAUACCUAGAAAUGGAAUUAAAGGAUUUGAAAAAUACUCUUCUCCGAAGGCGUCCGAAGCAAAGAAGAAAUUGCUUAUACAGAAGGUUAAAGACUUAAAACAGGAAGAUCGAAGAAGGGCUGAAUGCGCUAUAAAAGAUCUAAAAGAGUUUGAAAAAUUAUGUUCAGAAAAGAAGAAUACAAUCUUGAAUUCAUUGGAGGUAAAAUGUUUAAAGAAAAAAGGCGAAUUAGAGGAUAUUCUUAAGAGAAUCAACUUAAUAGAAUCCGAAAGUGGAGAUUUAGCAGUAGCUCAAAAUUUAAAGAAACUGUCAGAUCUUAGGAUGGAGUGUAUAAAAAUCUGUAAAAAUAAUUUUCAUAUAAUAGGCCUUGAAAGACUGAGAGAGUUUAAAUUGCAUAUAUCACUCGUUCCAAAAACGUCAAUAAACUUUGAAAGAGUCUGUUGGUUCGAUUCCUAUUCGUUUAGGAAAUUAUAUUUUGAUAAACUUGGAUAUUCAUUAAUGAAUGGGAUGAAAACCGAAAAUAGGAAAUUAUGUGGAAAAUUUAGAAAAGCUCUGUCUUUUGAGAGACAAGAAAAUUUUGUAGUUGAUGGAGUUGAUAAUUCAAGAGAAUUUCAUGAGUUAAUUGCAAUUAAAAUAACAAUAGAUGUUACAGCAUACUAUCUAUUUUAUUGGAAAGUCGAUAAAAUACUACGUUUAUAUCUUCCUGCUAAAAACGAACUAACCAAUAUGGAUGGUAUUGUAUUUUUUAAUAUAGAUAACGAUGUCUAUUUAACCAAUGAACGAGGAGAAAUUUGCUGGAGACGGAACUAUUUUUUGCCUAUUGAUUCGUCCUUUAUUACAAGACAUUGGAAAAAUACUCUAUACGUAUAUAGAUACACUAAUUGUAGUGAUGACGACGAAACUAUUGACCUAAGUUACAGUAGUAUAAACGAAAUUAACAAAAAUGCAACUUAUUCUGGUAUUCCAAUAACAAUUGAGUUUGUAAAUGAUACAUCAGCAUCAUUGAAAAGUAUCUUUGAUGAUAUUGUAAACGGAUGUUUGUUUAUGUCUACAAGAGAUUUCGUAUUUACUAUAAACUCUAUUGAGAAAACUGCUAAAGCUUAUAAACAGAAAAGUCUCUUUCAAACUUAUAUAGUUACGGAAUAUCAUCAAUCAGAGGAUGGAUUUAGUUUCUAUUUAAUAAAUGUAUUGAGAAAUGAACAAAAAUUAAAAGAAUAUAGAAUGACCUAA